UAUAAAAUCGCUCUCUCCAACGAUCCUUUCUCUCCGCCGCCGCCACUCUCCCGCACCAAAGCCGCCGCCCGAGCCCUAGCGCCUCCGCCGCCGCCGCGCGCCACCGCCACCGCAACCAUGGCUGCCGCGCUGACUCGCCCCCCGGCUGGUACGGUCCAGUGCUUCGGCCGCAAGAAGACGGCGGUGGCCGUCUCCUACUGCAAGCCGGGGCGCGGGCUGAUCAAGGUGAACGGCGUCCCCAUCGAGCUGAUCAGGCCGGAGAUGCUCCGGCUCAAGGCGUUCGAGCCCAUCAUGCUCGCGGGGCGCAACCGCUUCAAGGACAUCGACAUGCGGAUCCGCGUCCGCGGCGGAGGGAAGACGUCGCAGAUCUACGCGAUCCGCCAGGCGAUCGCCAAGGCGCUCGUCGCGUACAACCAGAAGUACGUCGACGAGGCCUCCAAGAAGGAGGUGAAGGACAUCUUCGCCCGGUACGACCGCACACUUCUCGUCGCCGACCCCAGGCGUUGCGAGCCCAAGAAGUUCGGUGGUCGCGGCGCCCGCGCAAGGUUCCAAAAAUCGUACCGUUAAGGGUAUCGACUGGGGAUGGUGUUCUCUUUUCCAGCCUACCUAUCAAUGGAGCUACUUGUCUGGUUCAUCUAGCUACCGCUUUACCUUCUUCAAGUUUAGUCUUUUUAAGCUUAGCCCCGAACCUUGCCUUUUUGACAUUGUGAUAUGGAUGCGAUUGAGAUGUUUAAGACUCUACUGUAGUAUCUCAAAUAUGGUUUUGCCUGUUACCAAUGUUGUGGAGUUAUCGUAUUAUAUAAGUGGUGUUAAGAUGAUUGCA